AUGUCUAAGGAAGAGUUUAUGAUCAAGCCGGAAAGCACCACUCCAACAAACGACACCUCGGAGUGGCCACUCUUGCUUAAGAACUACGACAAGCUACUAGUCAGAAGCGGGCACUACACCCCUAUUCCAGCAGGAUCCUCGCCGCACAAAAGAGACCUCAAAAAUUACAUUUCUUCUGGUGUGAUCAACCUAGACAAACCAUCAAACCCAUCUUCCCACGAGGUUGUUGCUUGGGUGAAGAGAAUAUUGAGAGUUGAGAAAACUGGUCAUUCUGGUACUCUUGAUCCUAAAGUCACCGGAUGUUUAAUUGUCUGUAUUGACAGAGCCACCAGACUGGUCAAAUCCCAACAGGGUGCCGGUAAGGAGUAUGUGUGUAUUGUUAGAUUGCACGACGCCUUGGAGGACGAAAAGGAAAUGGGAAGAGCGCUUGAGAGUUUGACGGGUGCUCUUUUCCAGAGACCUCCAUUAAUUUCUGCCGUCAAGAGACAGCUGAGAGUGAGAACCAUCUACGACUCCAAGCUGCUUGAAUUUGACAACAAGCGCGGUCUCGGUGUUUUCUGGGCUUCCUGUGAAGCCGGUACUUAUAUGAGAACUCUGUGUGUGCAUCUUGGUAUGCUUCUUGGUGUUGGAGGUCACAUGCAGGAGCUUAGAAGAGUUCGUUCUGGUGCGCUUUCUGAAAACGAUAAUCUUGUCACUUUGCACGAUGUGAUGGAUGCCCAGUGGCUGUACGACAACUCCAGAGACGAGAGCUAUUUGAGAAAAGUGAUUUCUCCGCUGGAGACGUUACUUGUUGGCUACAAGAGAGUCGUCGUCAAAGAUUCUGCCGUUAACUCUGUGUGUUACGGUGCCAAGCUCAUGAUACCUGGUCUUUUGAGAUACGAAGAGGGCAUUGAGCUCUACGACGAGGUUGUCCUCAUGACCACCAAGGGAGAGGCUAUUGCCAUUGGUAUUGCCCAGAUGACCACGGUGGACCUCGCUUCGUGCGACCACGGAGUCGUUGCCAAGGUGAAGAGAUGUAUCAUGGAGAGAGACACUUACCCAAGAAGAUGGGGAUUGGGACCUGUCGCUUUGAAGAAGAAGCAGAUGAAGGCCGAUGGAAAGUUGGACAAGUUUGGAAGGCCUAACGAGAACACGCCAGAGUCGUGGAAAAAAGAGUAUGUGAGCCACGAAGACGUUCCUGCGCCAGCCAUUCCUGAGGAUAAAUUGCAAGCUCCAGAAGUUCAAAAGUCGAAGGCCACUUUCCUAGACUCGCAGAAGGACGGAAAGGACGAGAAGGAAGAAAAGGAAGAGAAGAAGGAGAAGAAGGAGAAGAAGGAAAAGAAGGAAAAGAAAGAGAAGAAGGAAAAGAAAGAGAAGAAGCGUAAGGCCGAGGGCGAGGAGGGCGAGGAAAAGAAGAAGAAGAAGAAGAGUAAGAGCGAUUAG